AUGAUGACAGUAAGCAACAGUCGAAGCAUAUCAAAUUGGAGCCCUGAAAAGGGAUAUGAAAAAGGGUUAAGAAGCGAAGAGUACCCAUAUCGAGUAUUCAAUGCAAAACAAGGAGCCGCAUUGUUUAUAGUUAUGAGUCUAUCUGUAGAAGACUUUAACUACAUGUGUAUCGGGCCCAUUCAAGGUUUCAAAGUGACCUUGACCAUGCCAGGUGAAAGACAAAAAGUACUAUCACGUUUCUUUGAAAUUUUAAAUUCCGAAAAAUCCGAAAUUUUGGUUAAACCGAAAAUGGUCAUGACAUCAAACAUCUUACGCCACUAUUCGCCAAGACAAAGACAAUGUUUCUAUCAAUCAGAGCGCCAGUUGCAUUUCUUCAAAAUUUACACCCAAAACAAUUGUGAAGAGGAGUGUUUGGCCAAUUUCACUCGGAACGAGUGUGAUUGCGUGAACUUUUCGAUGCCAAGAGAUAAGAAGACAAAAAUUUGUGGAGUGGCUAAUAUUGAUUGUUAUAAAAAUGCAACAAAGAAAUUUUUUGGUGAAGAUGAGUUGGAAAGUGAUAAGGUUAAAGAGUUUCGUGCUAAGUGUAAAUGCUUAGCUUCAUGUCAAUACAUAAAGUAUGAUGCGGACAUCGAUCGAACCAGGUUUCAGGCGUCACUUUUGUCCGUAUCUUUUGCUGAUCAUGAAGUUACAACACUACAACGCUCUGAGACAUCAACAUACAACGACUUUUUGGCCACCUGUGGCGGUUUGCUUGGAUUAUUUUUGGGCGUAUCAGUGCUUAGUGUCAUUGAAUUCAUUUAUUACUGCACCCUUCGAUUAUUUUGGACCGUAUGGCCAAUAAUGGGUAAUUUAUGGUCAAGAAUUUCAAAUUUGGACAUGAAUAAAGAUGAAAAAGUCGACGUGGAAUCAAAUGAGUCAUCUUCACCAAACGAUGAAUCAUCGCCAAUUUUGAAACUUAAUGUCGAUUUUUUCCACGAAAUAUUUGAAUUGAUAUUACUCUACGAUUUACUUUCGAUCGGUAAAACAUGUAAACGAUUGCAAAAGUUGGCCGGUGAUUUUUAUCGAAUGAAAUAUGUGUGGAACAAAGCGUACACCCUCCAUUCCAAAAGUUCCGGAACUUUUUAA